CAACAGCCAAUCAACGUUGUUAAGAUCAUGCCCGCGCGUAGUUGAUUGCAAGAUGGCGGCUACAAUCCACGAAAAUGUGAACAAGAAAGAGGAAAAUCGGGCGUUCUGCCCGUUAGCUUUAUUUCUGUAAUAACAACAGUGUUUCAGAAAGGACUUUUAUCAAAGAAACUGCAUGGUGAUUGUGGAUUGUUUCCAGCAGAUUAGUAUACAUUUUACCAUUGAAGACAUCUGACUGUCCUGCUUGAGAAAUUGGAAUGGCAGCUGAUGGUGGCCAGCUGUCAUGGAAGUGUUAUGAAUGUAACAUGACCUUUGGAAAUCCCACCUUGCUUCAGAAGCACAAAACACGAUUCUGUGUAGGUGGUCAGCUAGGAGACCCAGAGCUUUUACUUUUGCAACGAGGACUACGAAGCGAGGACCCACCUAAUCCACAUCCCAUUCCUGAAGAUGAUUAUAUGAGAGAAAUGUAUAAUCUUAUUAAAGUGAAAGUUGGUGAGGUUCAAGAUUACAAAGAGCGCAAGCGCAGACAGCGUGAAAUUCACAACUUGAAAGAGCGAAUGUUGCUGGAUGAGCUCACUGAAACAGACAGGCGUAGACAGGCUGCAGGUGGACGGGAGAACCAUGACCGCUUGCACCUGUCCAAAGACAAAAAUGUUCGACAGCUUCAGAUUGAGUAUGAACGUUUAAAAGAGAAGGGAAUGCUAAGAAGAAACGAACCUUUUGGUGCACGCAGACGCAACUGGCCUGUUUUUUCAAGCAUUCCUGACAACUCAAAUGAUCCUCCACGUUACAACCCCAGGCAAGAUCCCAAAAUACAACAGCUAGCCGAGAGCCAUGGCCGACAAAUGGAGUUUCUCCAUAACAGAAACAGAGAGUUGGAACGCCAGCGAGAAGAAAUCCGGCGGCGGUUAGAAGAACUUGGUCGUCGUCCACCCAGAGAAGACCACUCUACUGAAGAGUUGCUGCGAGAACUGAAAGAACAAGAAGCUCGAAAUCAGCGGCUCUUGGAUGAGCUUAAGCAACAACUGCUGGAAGCAAGACGCUCCGUGAAUAUAGUGAAGACUGAACCAGAACGUCAGACAAAAUCUUAUAUCUAUCCCAUCUACUAUGGAAACUCCCUUGUAGCAGAAAUUGUGGCUGUGCGUCAGGCUUAUCUUCAAAAUGGAGGCAAUGACCCAGACAUCUUGGCUCAGUUAGCACAGAUGCAAGCAGAGGCCCAGGCCAUUGAUGACAGUAUGAGGAAUGCUCAGAAAAAAGGCAAAGAUAGGAAAGAUGGUGUUCCUUCAAAUCUUCUAACACUUGAAUUGGAGAAUGAGCGACUCCAGCGCCAACUUCUUCUUCUGCAAGAACAGAAAAUUAUCUCCACAAAUCGUCGCAAAGACAAUCGUGAAGAUGAACUUGACCAGGAAAUACGUCGUCUUCAUCGUGACCACUUGCAGAAAAUGUACCAGCUACAGCGAGAAAUUGAACGUCUGCGACAGGAAACGCUCUUUGAUCGGAUGCGCUUUGAGAUGCAACCUCCGCCCCCUACAAAAAUAAUCUUACAGCAACAGGGACCUCAGCAGCCGCAGCGAGCUUAUGUGGAUCUUGAACAGACAGUACCCUAUGAUCAGUAUGCAGGGUUUGUGAUGUUCUAUGACUUUGUCUUAAACCUUGACCCCAGCAUCACUGCUAUACGUCUGCUAGUUGGUCUUCACAAUUUGUCUUCAAAACUUGGUGAGCCCACUGUGUUGCCUCUGGUGUACACAGAACCUGCCACUCGACAAAACUAUCCUCAAAAUGUCUGCAAUGCUGUCAUUGGUGCAAGGCAGCCAGUUCCAAGGUGUCCACCUCAGUCAGACCUGGGCAUUGUGGUGGAGCUACAGGCUGCUGGAGCUACUGGUUCACAGCAUGACCCUACACGCCUCAUCACUCGUGCCUGGUCUAAGAUACCACUUUUCGAUGGGCAGGGUCGCCUUAUGCCUGGCAGAUUCAAACUGCCACUCCGAUGCAGUCCUAUCAAGCCAUACAUUCCCUUUGGUGAAUUGGACUCCAUUCCUCAGUAUGGAGAUGCAGAACUCUACUACCGCGUUGUGCACUACCGCGAUGCAAGUGUACAGUCUUUGGCUACCAUUGCUGCUAUUAACCAUGACUUGUAUCAGACAGCACCCACUGGAGGUGUCCUCCCCCAGACCAUCAUUUCUCCCCAUCUAAUACCUCCCCCUCCUUCCACAUUACCCCCUGACUCUCCUCAUGAGUUUCAUUCACCAAGACAUGCAAGCCGGAUGUCGAACCUCCCGAGGAUUGGGAUGAUGAACUCGGCGGAGCCUAUUAUAGGCUUCCAAGUCGACCGAGUGAAACACAGUGAACUGGGAGAAGGAAAAGUCAGGCUUACAGCAUAUUAUGUAUCUACUGGGAAGGUUGUACAGUCAUCCACAAGCCCUGUAACAUGUAGCACAACAGCAGUCAAGUCUAAUUUCAAGUAUGGUUAUCACAUUUUCGGCCAGCAAGAGGCCACAUUUCAUGAUGUUCAGCUGCAAGGAGACAUGUUGGUUAUUGCACGAUUCUAUCUCAAGCGUCAGCCCAGUGAAGAGCCAGAUGACUUAUUUUUGGAACCACGUGCUCAAGAGAAGUCAUUGUACGAAGAGGAAAGCCUCGUAGCAUGGGCAGUCAUUCCUCUUGUGCUUUGUGCUAAUCCUGAAUUGUCUGCAAGAGCCCGUCGAGAUUUUGACCCAAGUACAAUGAAGAUCAAUACUGGUACCCAUGUCCUCAAACUGUAUGAGCCACCUGUGCCAGAGCCUAAUCGUAUAUCUCUACAAGACAUUUACAACCGGGAGUGGCGGCGGUAUCGCAAUGCUACACUGCGCAUUCAUAUUUUCCAGGGUCAGCCCCGGCCAGGUUCACUGACUCCUAGUGACCUCUCUGAUGAUAACGAGGAUGUCCUGCCUGAGUUUGCAUGGCUUCCUCUGGAUAGACGUCACCCACCAACAGAACCAUUUAUGGUGGGAGAUGGAUUUGACAUAUACAUAGAUGGCUGCCGAUUCUUACCUGAAUCUGUCAGUUUCUCAAGGGUCACCGGACGAAUAAUGGAUCGGCGCUAUGAAGUUUAUGGAAAGGACAUUUCUACCAGUGUAAAACUGGACAGCGACAUCUAUAAUCCUGUAUAUGAACACAAGGAAGAGUUUCGGGAGCCCACAAUUCCUCCAUCUGCAACUUUAUAUUUCAAGGUUUACACCAUCGAUAAAUACUACCGCACACUGACAGUUGUUGGGCAUGCCACGCUGAACGUCUUUGUGGAGACAGGCACAGUAAAGCAGCCAAGUAUUGACAAGCAAGGAAUGCAGGUUUCUUUGAAUGAAGGGUCUCACCAGCUUCGCCUGUACAACCAAGGCCCAAAUGGUGUAGAUCCCUUCACUGAAAGCUCGCUGCGGGAUGCUCACAGUCGACACGUCCCUUGUGCAUCCUUGUUAGUCAGACUGUUCAAGGCUCCGAAGGGACCUAAUGGAAAACUUCUGGAGUCUUCCAAGCAUCCACAGUCUGAUUGGGCACGACUUGGGCUUUGGUAUCCUCGACCUAAGUACUCUGACCGCAUCUAUAUGUCCAGUAAAUGUACGCCUACAAAAGGGGAAACAAAGCUGUUUCAUGCCAUGAUUCGCCGACGUCCUGUGACUGUACGGGAGGCUGUGGCCAGUAAUGCUAAGGCCAAAGACAGCUUCCUGCGCAGUGACAAAAAUAUGGAGCAGUACAUCAGGAAUCAGUUGACAAAGUCUGUUGAUGCUAAACCUUUGGACCAGGACCUGACCUUCAUUGUCCACUACUCUCCACGACAUGGGAUUAAGAUCGCUCUUGACAGUGCCCUGAACUUGCCUUGGUCUAACUUUACUCAUGGUCACAUUUGCCUGAAUCCACCUGGAGCGUUCUAUAUGGGCACACCACAUGCCACAUACGACAAACUGAUCUUUACAGAGAAGCUGAACAUUCGCAGCACUCACUCCUCCCCAGCUUGGCAAGAUGGCUAUAAGCAUUUCCCAAGACGCUCAUUCCAUCGGUUCCUGGUUGCUGUCAUACAUCUGCAAGAAAUUUUUGUGAAUGUCACACGAGACAGCUACAAAUAUGGACUUCUUGAACAGGCAUGGACAGCUGUUCAGGUUUUCAAGGAGAAGUAUGCUAAUACCGCCACAUUUCAGCUGCCCUUGUUUAAGGGUCCACCAUCACAGCAGAUGCUCAAACAACUGGCUCGAGAGCCAUGCAAAGAAUGGAUGGAGAAAAACAUUCGCAAUGGCACAAUCAAGCUGAUUGAAGGUGCUUCUGUUUUCGUGCGACUCUGUGAUGCAAGGCGUGAUGAUGAGCUGGCAUUUGAUGUUCCCAGUUCUCGGCUGGUUGAGAUUAACACUGAUUACAUACCUCGUGGCAUGGACGAGAUCUACAGUAGAGAAAAGGCUGGAAAUAUUCUGGAAUCAUUAGUCCCUCAUGGGAAGAACCCAGGACAUUUUAUGGAUGGUCUGGCUAUCAAGUUCAAAAGUUUGGUUUACAAACUUUACGAGGAAGGUGUUGUGAGCAACACAUAAGUUGUGAUCCAAACUGGAGACAUCAGCAUGCUUCGACUUGAAACCUUUGCUGACUCCUGUUUCAUUACAAAAUCUGCUGUGUGGUCUUCAAGGUCUGACAACACACACAGGCACAUAUUUUAAGGAGGAGAUGGUGAAUUUCUCGGACAGCAUCAGCUUCCCAGUGAUAAAUCUGAAGAAGCUGGAAAAUUGAGGUGACUGUUGCACUCUCAGGCUCAAUUUGAAGUCUGAGAGCACAUGUUGUGUUUUAAGAAUAGUUUGGUGUUUUGCAUUGUCUUUGACAUGAUGACCUCUACUGAAAUGGUAGGACAUACAAAGUAUGCUCCAUGUGCAGAGGUUUGGACAAUGAUGAGUGCACUCACACUUUGUUUUACAGUGCAAGAACACUUUGUAAAAGACAGUUUAUACUUGACUGCUGAAAGUUUUAAUUCAGACUGAACAUUUACACUGGAACCAUAGAACACAAAGCUUCAUGAGGAUUGAUUAUACCCAUGAAGUGGUGGGAAGUUAAGUGCAUGGUAACUUUGCAGAAAAGCAGAUUCCUUUGUGGGAUCAAUACAUGUGUUGCUUCAGCAAAACUAAUGUGGCAUCCAAGUAUUGCCUAAAUGCAAUACAAAAAGAAUUGGACUUAAAAAUAGAGAUGAUUUAAGCAUCUGAUGCUUUUCAUUUCAUUUCUUGAAUAAAACUGUAACCUUGACAACUGUCAUAAAAAUCAGGUUGAAAAGAGAGGAAAAAGUGGGAAGCAAUUGAAAAAAAAGACCCUACGUCUCAGCAAGAUCCAGAUCCAGUUGGUGUUUAUGUAAACUUCAUUAAGAACCCUUUGGAUGUCCUGAACAAGAGGAUAUUUUACCUCAUCAGACAGUGGGUAUUUCUGCAGAUAUAUACAGGAUUAUUGCUUUGCUGGCGCAUUGGCUACUUGUGAAUUAAAGGCUGAAAACUGUCAACAUCUUAAGACAAAACCAGUGAAACAAAUUUACCAGCAGGUCUGAGCUUGCUUCUUGGAGAGUCGACGUGAUUUCCAUGAUGCCUUUGAGGCUUGACAUAUCUAAAUUUCUGUGAUGUUUUUGCUUUCCUUCUAAAUAAGCAUAUACCAUCGAGUGUCUCUUUUUCUUAGUCUCUCUUCACUCACCAGCAUAAGCAAACACACACCCAGACAUACUUAAAAUAAAACUGAACAUUUUCAUAAAUGUGAAAGUUGUCUCGGGCUUUUACAGGUUGUACUAAAAUAUAAUGUGUACAAAUUAGCAUGAACAAUGUGUAUGUGCAUUAAGAAUCUGCAGAUUUUUAUGCAUCAAGCAUAUCCACAAGUCAAGUUCUAGAAAAACUGAAGCUCCUGAUUUUUUUUUCAGUUUUAGAGUUCAAUAAUCUGCUCUCAUCACUUGUUUUUUUAACUACUAAACUCAUGGAUGUGCCUAUGCUUGAAUAUACAGACAAUAAGCACGAAACAUUGCCUUUAAGUACCGUCUUUAUCCUUGGAGAAAGGCGUGAGAAUAACCAUAGUUACAUGGUUCUUAGCAUAACUUAUUUCAAGAGCAUUUAUCAAAAUAACUCACGAUAACCUAGUUUUUGUGGUGGAACUUUUAAUAUCAUGGGUUUGUUAUUGAAUGAUUGUACAACCUCCCAUACCUCAAUAUGCUUUGUAUUGCCUGACUUUUGAUAUUGCUUUAAUAAUUUUAAUUCUUCCUGAUUUGCUUUGUGCCUAAAAUUGCUGCAGUUUAUAAAUUACUAUAUUGUAGUCAAUUUUUGAAAUAUUUUUGUGAUCGUACAAUUAAAAGAUAAGCAAUUUUUUCCCCUUGUAUGCAGAUGGGCAAAACAAUGGAAGCAUGAUGCUUUUAUCAUUUACAUGCAUGGUAUGGUAUUAUAGGCAUACACAGAAUACUAUUUUUACACACAUGCUCAUGCAAUGGCCUUUGUUUCAUUUGUACAAGUUUGAGGAUAAGUUAUUUGUAAAGAUCUUGUUCAACAACCUGUAAUGUUUCUAGUUACUUGUUUUUACCUUAAUUUAAAAUUAUUACAUUUAUGAUCAAGAAAAAAAUUCUAUUAUUUAUCAUGUUCACAAUAUAAAUGUUGACCAUUACUUUGUCUAUUAUAAUUUUAAAAGGCAUAAUACUACAUUUUAUUGUUAUUUUCUUGGACAUGAUGAUAUAUCUGUUGUAUCAGAGUGAUUAACAAUCCAAGAAAUUAAUAAAUGAAAUCACUCUUCUUCACAAACUGUAAUACCUGAAAAUGACUAUUAUUAACAAAACUUCAGUCUAACAUGGCAUACCUUUUGAAAUUUUGAUGUGAAGAAAGGUAUGCAAAAUUUCUGUUGGAGGAAGAAAAAAAAGGACAUCAACCAUAUUAUGACAUUUAGUUUUAUUCAGGAUUUUCUUACAGAAUAAUUACAUAAUAAAUGUAAACAUGUUAGGAA